AUGCAGGCGGAGAGCGGCGGUGGAGGGGGCGAUGCCGCGCCGUUACCCGGGGGCUCCCCGCCGGCCAGGCAGAAGGGUGGCGGUGUGUGCUCCCGCUCGUACUUCGUGGUGGUCAUGGUGUUCGUGCACGUGUAUAUCGUAAAUGUCAUCGCGCUGCUGCUGUAUGUGCACUACAGCAACGGAGGGAGGCCGGAGGGGACAACGGAGAGUGGCGCAGUGGAACGGGAGCCGGAGCGACACCAACAGCAGCCGCACACCGCGACACGUGAUUACUACCUGACCCGACUGGAGGGGAUCAAGGUCGGCCACAAGCAAAAACUGGAUCUGGUCCAAAACAAAGUCCACUACAUGAAAACGCUCAGCCUGAAGCCGCUACUUUUUGAAAUCCCAAACUUUCUCACAGAAGAAGAGUGUAAACUGCUUAUACACCUGGCACAGUUAAAAGGCCUGCAGGCCAGCCAGAUUCUCCCUGUAGAUGGCUACAAGGAAGCUAUGGACAAUUUGGAGAUUAGCAAGGCCGACAUAUUUAAUCUUCUGGACCACAACCAGGAUGGACAGCUGCAGUUAAAAGAAGUUUUAACCCAUUCUCGGCUAGGAAAUGGGAGAUGGAUGACUCCUGAGAGUAUUCGGGAGAUGUACGCAGCAGUGAAGGCCGAUCCUGAUGGAAAUGGUGUCUUAAGUUUGGAUGAGUUCAAGAAAUUAAACCUCAGAGAUUUUCAUAAAUAUUUGGGAAGCCAGGAGGUCACCAUGAAUGAUUUGGUCCGAAAUAGUCAACAUACAUGGCUAUACCAAGGCGAGGGGGCUCACAGUGUUCUGCGCUCCAUACGGCAAAGAGUUAUCAAGUUAACACAUCUGCCCCCUGAUGUGGUGGAAAACAGUGAGCCGCUGCAGGUGGUGCGCUACAAUACAGGCGGCCAUUAUCAUGCCCACAUGGACAGCGGCCCAGUGUUCCCAGAGACGGCGUGCGUGCACACAAAGCUCACAACUAAUGAAACUGCUGCUUUCGAGACCUCCUGUCGGUAUGUAACUGUGCUGUUUUACCUGAAUAAUGUCACCGCGGGCGGAGAGACCACUUUUCCAGUAGCUGACAACAGAACAUACGAGGAGAUGUCUCUAAUCCAGAAUGAUGUUGACCUAAGAGACACAAGGAAGAAUUGCGACAAGGGAAACCUGAGGAUCAAGCCCCAGCAGGGGACCGCUAUCUUCUGGUACAACUAUUUGUCCAAUGGCAAAGGCUGGGUUGGAGAUGUGGAUGAGUUUGCCCUUCACGGAGGUUGUCUGGUAACUGCAGGAACCAAGUGGAUUGCAAACAACUGGAUCAAUGUAGAUCCCAACCAGAGGCGCCAGCUGUGGUUCCAACAGGAAAUGGCCCGAUAUACCAAAGAUGACAAUGAGAACCAGAGGGAAUGGGCUGUGGACAAGUCAUACCAGGACGCACAUCUGGAUUUAUAGCUGCAGGACUAGCCUGGCUUAGCAUGGCACAUCUGAGCUUCCAAAGUGCCAGCUGUUGCUUUAAUGACCAUCUUCUCGCACCACAUGCAUUGUGGUAACUGGGAACAGAUCGUUUAAUAGAUCUUGUACCAGGCUCAGCUACCUGACAUACGUACUACAAAAACGAUUUGUAAUCUGGUACGAACAGGUUUACCAGACAUCAGGGUGAUGAUCAGGGUAGCGAGGAAGAAGUGAGAUGACACUUAUGCAGAUGUUCUGUUAUUGUCACGUUUUAUUGCUGGACAAAACCAUUUUUAAAUGACAGUUUUAAUGAAAGAUAUUAUUGUGUAACCAUUAGACCCUAACUGUUCAUAACAGAACUCAAAAAUAAUUUCACAUGUUUUAACACAAGUGAUAUUUGGUAUUUUAUAAGGCCAGUUAUCUCCUGCUUAAAAAUUUAAUUUAAUAUGUUCCUGUUAGAGCAGUUCUUUAUAUGGUAAAAACAUAUGUCAUCCUCUGUAGUGGCAGAGCCAGGCACCCAUUAUGGUUGCUUGUAGUAAAUUAAGUUCCUAGUAUCUGACCUGUCCCUGUUGAAAUGGGAAGAUUUGUCAAAUUUCACAAACUCUUGUUUAGCGAUAAAUUCUGUAUCAAACAAACAGCGGGCAUUUCUGUUGUCUACAACAGAAUUUGUACUAAAACCUUGGGCGCGAUCCGAUAUAGAUCGUAGUUUGCGGCACAAGCGAGGGAACCCCCGCCGCCCGUAGUUUCAGCUCGCAACUCGAGCUAUCCCAUAUACGCCGUCAGAUGCUAAAGUGCCGUAAGUCGGAUAAACCAGCGAUGUCCAGAAAUCUGCGUAAGUACAAAUUUCUGGAGUCGCCAGUGACUUACGGCACUUUAGAAACUGCUACAAAACCUGACUAAGUUAUGAAAUCACCCGUACUGUCUAACACGCCUCCCAAACAUAGCCCGACACGUAUACCCCUCUAUCCGCUAUCCCCCCUCACUCUCCUAAUAAUAAAUGCAUUAACCCCUAAACCGCCGCUCCCAGAC